CCUUAUUAUAAAUAACGUUCACUCCCUAAUGAGACGCUCAGGGGAACGUUCUCUAAAGUUGUAAGAACUGUUGUUGUUAGCUGGGUUGUUAUACUCUUUGGUCUGGUCUUUUGGUAACAGAUGAGCGCUUUAAUGUUACUUUGCUGCCAUCUAGUGCAAUGUAUCGUUAUUUUAAGUGACCCUUUGAUGUCGUGAAUUGUCACACUCGCAAAUGUAUUUUAAUAUUUUGCUUAUAGCCCCGUAUCAAAUGCAACCAUAGCUCAAUUUCACCCGUUUUACGUUGAGUAAUUCCCCUAAAUGCAGUGCCAAAGAUGUGUAUAACGUUGCUUAACUUUCAGGUCUGCUUACGUAAUCGCCUGUCAGUGGUCGCUUUACGGUAGAUCGUGGCGGUCAGAGAAGCAUGAUGAAAAGACUAACCCAACUAUAAUUUACAAAAAGCUGAUCAUUUCAAUAUCUAACUACCUACAGUAAGACAGUGUACAACACUAUUGAAAGGUAAACAUAUAACUGCGUUUUAGAUACUAGGAAAUAUCGCCAACGUUAUUGCUUUUGGCUUGCAUCAUCACGUUUGUCAGCUAGGCUAAUGUUAGCUAUUUAGCUAGCUAACCCAACCAGCAUCUCCAGUCCGAAGUGUUCGCCGGGUGAGUCUCCAGAUCGUCACCAUACAUGGACAAUAACGCCCCUGGGUCGGGAGGGAAAGGCGGCCUCGGGAGUCUCUUUGGAGGCAGCGAAUACUCCAACACAGAGCUCGCCGGAGUCCCAUUGACUGGAAUGAGCCCCCUGUCGCCUUAUCUUAAUGUUGACCCCCGCUACCUCGUACAGGACACAGAUGAGUUCAUCCUGCCAACAGGGGCCAGUAAAACUAGAGGGAGGUUUGAACUGGCCUUCUUCACCAUAGGUGGCAGCUGUAUCACAGGAGCUGCGUUUGGGACAGUGAAUGGUCUGAGGAUGGGGUUGAAGGAGACCAGAGAAAUGGGCUGGACUAAACCUCGUAACGUCCAGAUUCUCAACAUGGUGACCAGACAAGGUGCAUCCUGGGCCAACACUCUGGGCUCUGUUGCGUUAUUGUACAGUAUAUUUGGCGUGGCCAUAGAGAAGGCUAGAGGAGCAGAGGAUGACAUCAACACUAUGGCUGCUGGGACUCUCACAGGCAUGCUGUUCAAAUCCACAGGAGGGCUGAAGGGAGUGGCUCGUGGUGGUCUGGUGGGGUUGGCCAUGUCUGGUGCCUACGCUCUCUACAGUAACUGGGACCAUAUCAGAGGCGGCUCCUCUUCUUCAAAUCUCUACUGAACACAUCCCUAGCUAUUGCGUUUCAUCCAAAAUUCCACCCUAUUCCUUACUUGGUGUACUACUUUUGGCCAGAGUCUCAGGGAAUAGGUUACCAAUACUCAAACACCCUUGUUCACUUCCUGACUUGAGAGGGUUCUGGGGUAUUGGAGGCAUGACUGAGACAUCAUUAAACCAUGGACUAAAUGACCUCCAAGAAACAGCCCUCUCUACACACAACUGCCCUUUUUGCC